GACAAAGCUCGCGCGCUGGGCACAAACAAACAGUGAUUUUUUAUUUAAAAUAAAAAUUGCAAUCAGAUCCAGUUAUUUUUAUUUUUUUGGGGGGAAUAAAUAAAUUCUUUCGUUCGCGGAAUUCCCCCCCCCCCCAUUAUUAAAUAUUAAAACCUGUCGGGGACUGAAUGGAACCGGACGGAGCGCCGACGGAGGCUGGAGGGGAGAGUGAAGGGCCGGCGCCUGAGGAGGCGGCAAUUGCAGGAGCGGAGGGCGAUUUGUGCCCGUUAGAAUCUUUCAGUAGAAAAACAUUCUUGGCUGAGAUGCCUUCUUCAUCUGGAAAUAUAGAUGCACCUGCAGGCAAAAAGAUUGGACACAGGGGAGUAGAUGCUUCUGGGGAAACUACAUACAAAAAGACAACCUCAUCCACUCUUAAAGGAGCCAUUCAGCUGGGUAUUGGAUACACAGUAGGAAACCUCAGUUCAAAACCUGAGAGAGAUGUACUGAUGCAAGACUUUUACGUAGUUGAAAGCAUAUUCUUUCCCAGUGAAGGCAGUAACUUGACUCCAGCACAUCACUUCCCUGACUUCAGAUUCAAGACCUAUGCUCCAGUGGCAUUUCGUUACUUUAGAGAGCUCUUUGGAAUUCGACCAGAUGACUAUUUGUAUUCAUUGUGCAAUGAACCUUUGAUUGAACUCUCCAAUCCUGGUGCCAGUGGUUCUCUCUUUUAUGUGACUAGCGAUGAUGAGUUUAUUAUAAAGACCGUUGUAAACAAAGAAGCAGAAUUUCUGCAGAAGUUGCUUCCAGGUUAUUAUAUGAACCUGAAUCAAAACCCAAGGACUCUCUUGCCAAAGUUUUAUGGACUGUAUUGCGUCCAGUCUGGUGGUAAAAACAUCCGAGUGGCAGUGAUGAAUAAUGUGUUGCCACGAGUGGUGAAGAUGCACUUGAAGUAUGAUUUAAAAGGUUCAACCUACAAACGAAGAGCUUCAAGGAAAGAACGUGAGAAAUGCAGGCCAACAUUCAAAGACCUGGACUUCAUGCAGGACUUCUCAGAAGGGUUGUUACUGGACACAGAUACUAACAGUGCUCUGGUUAAAACCCUACAGAGAGAUUGUCUGGUUCUGGAGAGCUUUAAAAUCAUGGAUUACAGCUUGUUGUUAGGAGUUCAUAAUUUGGACCAAGCAGAACGUGAGAGACAGUCUGAGGGGUCACUAAGCACCUCUGAUGAGAAGCGACCCAUUGCACAGAAAGCACUCUAUUCCACAGCCAUGGAAUCUAUUCAAGGUGGAACUUCACGGGGCGAGUCCAUUGACACAGAUGAUACGAUGGGGGGUAUACCAGCCGUUAACGGUAAAGGAGAGAGACUUCUCUUGUAUAUUGGUAUCAUUGACAUUUUACAGUCUUACAGGUUAAUCAAGAAACUGGAACACACUUGGAAAGCACUUGUUCAUGAUGGUGACACUGUCUCAGUGCACAGGCCAAACUUCUAUGCUGAAAGAUUUUAUAAAUUCAUGAGCAACACUGUCUUCAGAAAAACUUCAUCAUUUCAAUUUCAUAAUACGACAGCCCUGAAGUCAUCCCCAUCCAAGAAAGGACGUGCCUCUCUACCAGUUCCUAAAUAUAUUGGUCCUGGACAAGCCUUUUCAGCCAGUCAGAUUCCUACAGAAGAUGAAGAUAAGCGGUAUGACCUGCGGGGAGCCAGGAGCUUCCCAACUCUUGAAGAUGAAGGACUGUUAGGCCGGCCAGACCUCCUUCCUUGCACUCCCCCUUCAUUUGAAGAAGCAACUACAGCUUCAAUAGCAACAACCCUGUCAUCAACAACAUCCUUGUCAAUAACAGAACAGUCACCGUCAGAAAGCUCAGAGCAUCAUCACCGCUACAGGAAAACUACGCUUUCAUCAGCACAGGAUGUUGGGUCUGAUGAGAUAGUCACAGAAGCUGACUUGCAGCAGGUCACUGUUGAGCUGGAAGCAAAGUGCAGCAUCGAGACUGAGAUUACAGCUGAGGAGGAAGCAGCAGAGGAGGAGGAGGAUAAAACGGAAGUCCCUUCAGCAUCUGCACGAACAAGUUCCACUGUAACAUUAGAAGCAGACACUGUGAGCCAGAUCUCUGAGGCAGCUAGCCAUGCCUCUGAGGAGGCAGAAGAAGAUGAGGAGGAGGAGGUUCCAGUAACAGACAUAUAUUUUUUUACGGAUGGAAAGUACUGGAUUUACUCUCCACAACGCAGUUGUUCCCGAGCCACUUCAAUUUCUGAUGAGAGUUGUGCAGAAGAGAGGGUCUGGAUUUACUCUCCUCUUCACUAUGGCUCUCACGUACGUUCAGUUUCAGAUGGAGAAAGUGAAACUUAAAUCUUACCCAGAUCAUUUUUGAAGAAUGAAGAGGAAAGUUCUUCCAGAAGAACAACUUACUUUGGUCAGAAACUGCCUCAUUCCAUUGGAUUCGAGUGAUAUGACAUCAUCGCUCGCGGCUGGGCCUUAUGUGUUACAACAUGUAGUAUGUGAACCCUGGGCAAAGAAAACAGCUGGAACAGAAUUCAUGGGGGAAUGGGAUCUAUGACACUUUGUUGGGGGUGGGGGUGGUGGGCCAGCAGUUGAACUUGUUUUAGUGUUAACAAAGUUUCUGCCCAACUCUCUUUGCACAGCAACCAUAUCAUGUGAUUCUAUGUGGUCGAUACUUGUCAGUGACAAAUCACUGCUCAGCAGUCUGUGUCCAGUCAAAACCUGUUCAAUUAGAUUUUGUCCUCACAAAUCAAUUGCAGAGUGCCAUGAUCAAACUCACAAUGAAUAUGUAUGUUUUUGUUUAUCCAAGUCUAUGCAGCUUUUGGCAAUUUGAUUCCAGUUUUGUAAAUCAUGUGUGAGCAAUCAAGCUCUUCAUUUUGUGCUGAGAUUAUUUUUGCACAAGUGUUCGUCAACAUAAAUUUGUUUGUGAAUAUAGGUACAAAUCUGAGUUAUACCGAAACACUGAUAGCUAUAAACUUGGAAGCACAAUACAAAACUGAACAUGCCUCAGAUGGCAGAAGUGCAUUUUUCUUAAUGAUGUUGAAUAUGCAGUUCUCAGCCAUUUUAUUUAUUUUUCAUGGGGAGAGGGGUGUAGAAAGCAGAGCAUUAUUGUGAUUUUGGCAAUCAUUCAGAAAUAUAUAUAUAUAAAAAAACUGCAUGUCUUUCUAUGA